AUGGCGCGCGCGACCAACUUUAAUGAUGCGCUGGACUACAUAUACAUAGCGAAUAGCAUGAAUGAUAAAGCCUUUCUUAUAGCCGAGCCGCGGCCCGAGGAUGACGCUGUCGCGGAUGAGCAGGACGAGGAUUUUGGCAGCGGCGGCGGCGACAAUAACAACAACAAUCAUUACUACAACGAUGGCGGCGAUAGUGACUUUAUGAGCACAGGCGCUGCCGCCGGAUCCUUGGAGAGCAGCAGCACGCCCAGCUCAUCGCUGGCCACAGCCGCGCUGGCAGCGGCUGCGGCGAGCGCCUCGGUGGCCGCGGCAGCAGCGCGCAUAACCGCAAAGGCGGCGCAUCGGGCACUGGCCACCGGAGCGGCGGGCAGCAAAGCCAUCCAGCUGAUCGAUGUGGAUGGCAGCAAUGGUGCCGGCAGCGCUAGCGGCGUUUCGGACAAUAACUAUACAAACGUGGCUGUGGGCCUGGGCGCCAUGCUGCUGAACGAAUCACUGCUGCUGGAGGGUAAUGAGACGGGUCUGAGCAUUUUCGGUGAGCUGGUGAAUGGCAGCGGGCAGCAGCUGCUAAAUGCCAGCGCAGCGAUCAAUGUCACCGCCAGCAAAGUGGCCGAGGAUGACUUCACACAGCUGCUGCGCAUGGCGGUCACCACGGUGCUGCUGGGCCUGAUGAUACUCGUCACCAUAAUUGGCAACGUCUUUGUGAUAGCUGCCAUUAUACUGGAGCGAAAUCUACAGAAUGUGGCCAACUAUCUGGUGGCCUCCCUGGCCGUUGCUGAUCUGUUUGUGGCCUGCCUGGUGAUGCCACUGGGCGCAGUCUAUGAGAUCAGCCAAGGCUGGAUACUUGGACCGGAGCUAUGCGACAUUUGGACAUCGUGCGAUGUGCUCUGCUGCACUGCAUCCAUUCUGCAUCUGGUUGCCAUUGCCGUCGAUCGCUAUUGGGCGGUGACCAACAUUGAUUACAUCCAUUCACGCACCAGCAAUCGGGUCUUCAUGAUGAUCUUCUGCGUGUGGACGGCCUCGGUGAUUGUCUCAUUGGCGCCACAGUUUGGCUGGAAGGAUCCGGACUAUCUGCAGCGCAUCGAACAGCAGAAGUGCAUGGUCUCACAGGAUGUGGCCUACCAGGUAUUUGCCACCUGCUGCACUUUCUAUGUGCCACUGCUGGUCAUCUUGGCGCUCUACUGGAAAAUCUAUCAGACGGCUCGGAAACGCAUACAUCGCCGACGACCACGACCUGUCGAUGUGACAGCCAACAAUAAUCAGCCAGCGACCAGCACCACAACAGAUACUAAACUUAAUCGUCUGCGGCAACGUCUUGGCAGAUUCUCAACGGCCAAGAAUAAGAGCGGUGCAGCGGCCAGCUCUACAGCCCUUGGCCUGGUUGAGGGCAACUCCACGAACACGGUGAACACGGUGGAGGAUACCGAAUUCAGUAGCUCGAAUGUGGACAGCAAGAGUCGCGCCGGCAUCGAGGUGCCCAGCACAUCGGGCAACCAAAUAGCCACCGUCUCGCACCUGGUGGCGCUGGCCAAUCAGCAGCACGCCAGCAGCAGCAGCAGCAGCGCCAAGCAACAGAAAGCACCAGCAGCAGCAGCAGCUGGAGCUCAGCCAGCAAAUGUAACGGAAGCGGACAGCGAGGCGGAGCAGGAGCAUAACAAUGAGCAGCAGCAGAAUGAGCAGCAGCGGGAGGAGGAUGGGGAUGAGGCAGUGGCAACCGCAACCGCAACAUCAGCAGCAGCAACAACGCCGCUGGGCAAGGCCAAUGGAAAUGGUGGCGCCGCUGUUGAAGUGCUCGAGGAUCCGCAGCUGCAACAGCAGUUGGAACAAAUGCAGCAGCUACAAAAAACUGUUCAAAUUGGUGGCAGCAGCGGCGGCGGUGGCGGCGGAGGCGCUGGCGCCAGCACAUCGAAUGCCACAACAAUUACAUCGAUAUCAGCAAUAUCGCCGCAAACACCAACAUCGCCAGCCAUUGCAACGCAAGGGGUUGCCGCCGCCGCCGGACCGAUGACAGCAAAGACGAGCACAUUGACUAGCUGUAACCAGGCGCAUCCGUUGUGCAGCAAUUCGGCAAAUGCCUCCGGUGCGGUAACACCCGAACCGCGCACCAAACAGCAGCAGCAGCAGCAGCAGCAUCAUCAUCAGCCGGGACAUCAUCCACACCCUGCGCCGCCGCCGCAGCAGCAGCAGCAGUUGUCCAGCAUAGCAAAUCCCAUGCAGAAGGUAAACAAGCGCAAGGAGACGCUGGAGGCGAAACGGGAAAGGAAAGCGGCCAAAACAUUGGCCAUCAUCACCGGCGCCUUUGUCGUCUGCUGGCUGCCAUUUUUUGUGAUGGCACUGACGAUGCCGCUCUGUGCCGCCUGCCAAAUCAGCGACAGCGUCGCCUCCCUCUUCCUCUGGCUGGGCUACUUUAAUUCCACGCUAAAUCCGGUCAUCUAUACGAUAUUCAGCCCCGAGUUCCGACAGGCCUUCAAGCGCAUACUCUUUGGCGGCCACCGACCGGUGCAUUAUCGCAGCGGGAAACUCUAGAUAGUGCAUGCGAAGAGGCGAAGGCGUUUCUGCUAAGAUGACGAGAAAAUUUGCCUCUUCGUUCAAAAAAAAGAAGAAAGAGAAUACAAGAAGAUGGAUAUGAAGAAAGAGAAGAAUAAGAAGAAGACGUAGAACACCACCACUCACAAGAAGAAUGUAUACCAAGAAUGAUAUAAUAGCUGGAAGGCAGCGAACCAGAUUACUUUUAAAUAAAUAAAUAUAAAUACAAAAUAU